CUGCCUCCCCAAUAUAAAGCACCCCCGGAGAAAUCAGCCGGGGCUUAAACCCUUCCCCCAAAAAAUCGAAGCCUGAAAUUAGGGUUUUAGGCUCUUCGCGAGAAGCAGUGAGAAGCUGUUUCGCAAGGUCAUCAUCAUGGCCUUCUUGAGUAAAGUCGGCAAUAUCCUUAGGCAGUCUGCAAGCAAGCAAGCAAACACAGAAUUUUCUGCAACAAAAUCAUUUAUAUACCAGACGAUAAGAUGCAUGUCGUCUUCUAAGAUUUUUAUUGGAGGACUCUCAUAUGGAACUGAUCAGCAAGGUUUGACAGAAGCUUUUGCCAAGUAUGGGGAAGUUAUUGAAGCAAGAGUGAUUAUGGAUCGUGAAACUGGUAGAUCAAGAGGAUUUGGCUUUGUCACUUUCACCUCAUCUGAAGAGGCCUCUAGUGCCAUCCAGGCCUUGGAUGGGCAGGAUCUCCAUGGUCGAAGGAUAAGGGUGAAUUAUGCAGCUGAUAGGCAGCCACCAAGGUAUAGCUCUGGCUACGGAGGAGGUCCUGGCUAUGGCGGUGGCAACUAUGGCUAUGGUGGUGGAGGAAAUGAGGGUGGCGGCUACAGUGGGGGCGGUUAUGGAGGAGGCAAUUAUGGUGGUGGUAGCUAUGGGAGUGGAGGAAAUUACCCAAGUGGAGGUGGCGGUGGCGGUGGCUAUGGCAGUGGUACAGGCUAUGCAAAUGAUGGUGCUGGCGGUGGAGCAUAUGGAAGUGGUGGUAAUUACUCCGUCGCAGGCGGCGGCGGUGGCAGCAAUGACAGCUUUUUUGGCGCAGGUGGUGAAAGCGGCUUUUCUAGCGCUGGAUAUGGGGCUGGCGCAGGAGGAUUUGGUGGCAGUGGCGAUCAAGUCGAUAGUAGCCAAGGUGAUGCAAUGGGGAGCGCAACCGGAGGUUUUGGCGAUAACGAUCCUUUGGAAGGUAAUUCCCGGGAUGAAGACGAUGAGCCGGACAACGACUACGCCAAAAGAGCCUGAGUAUGCCCGUGUUGGAGUGACCUGACCGUGCUUUCUUUUAUAAUUUAGCUCUUUGUUGCUGUGUAGUUUCAAGAACCUCCAUUCUACCCCUUUUUAUCUCUGGAUUUUUACAUCAUUGUUGUUGAGUAAAAACAUAUUGAACUCUGCCCUAACUUCCAAUAUUUUUCGAGUCCAAA